AGCGGUGCAGGUGGGCACCGAGGACCUGAAGACACUGAGUGCCAUCUACAGCCAGCUGGGCAACGCCUACUUCUACCUGAAGGAGUACUCUCCCGGGCCCUGGAGUACCACCGGCACGACCUGCUGCUGGCGCGGACCAUCGGGGACCGCAUGGGGGAGGCCAAGGCCAGUGGGAAUCUGGGCAACACACUGAAGGUCCUGGGCCGCUUUGACGAGGCCGUCGUCUGCUGCCAGAGGCACCUGGACAUCGCCCAAGAGCAGGGGGACAAGGUUGGGGAGGCAAGGGCGCUGUACAACAUCGGCAACGUGUACCAUGCCAAGGGCAAGCAGCUGUCCUGGACCGCCGCGCAGGACCCUGGGCACCUGCCACCGGACGUCCGGGAGCCCCUGCGCAGAGCCUCCGAGUUCUAUGAGAGGAAUCUGUCCCUGGUGAAGGAGCUGGGUGACCGGGCGGCCCAGGGCAGGGCCUAUGGCAACCUAGGCAACACCCACUACCUGCUGGGGAGCUUCAUGGAGGCCACAGCCUUCCACAAGGAGCGCCUGGCCAUUGCUAAGGAAUUUGGAGACAAGGCGGCCGAGAGGAGGGCCUACAGCAACCUGGGGAACGCCCACAUCUUCCUGGGGCGCUUUGACGUGGCUGCUGAGUACUACAAGAAGACGCUGCAGCUCUCGAGGCAGCUCAAGGACCAGGCAGUGGAGGCGCAGGCCUGCUACAGCCUGGGCAACACGUACACGCUGCUGCAGGACUACGAUGCGCGCGGCCGAGUACCACCUCCGGCACCUGCUCAUCGCCCAGGAGCUGGCCGACAGAGUGGGCGAGGGCCGGGCGUGCUGGAGUUUGGGGAAUGCCUACGUGUCCAUGGGGAGCCCCGCACAGGCCUUGACUUUUGCCAAGAAACACCUGGAGAUCUCCCAGGAGGUUGGGGACCGCAGCGGGGAGCUCACGGCCCGCAUGAACGUGGCGCAGCUCCAGCUGCUGCUGGGCCGGAUGCCCAGUCCUGCGGCCACCGAGAAGCCAGACCUGGCUGGUUACGAGGCCCAAGGUGCCAGGCCCAAGAGGACACAGAGGCUGAGCGCAGAGACCUGGGCCUGCUGAGGCUCCCCCUGGAGCGGAGCAUCCCUCGGGCCCCAUCCUCCGACGAAGAGUGCUUCUUUGAUCUCCUGAGCAAGUUCCAGAGCAGCCGUAUGGACGACCAGCGCUGUCCCCUGGAGGAGGGCCAGCCUGGGGCCUCCGAGGCCACAGCUGCCCCCACCCCGGAGGAGAGGGUCGCCCAGCCCUCGCUGACGGCCUCCCCGCAGACUGAGGAACUCCUGGACCUCAUCGCCAGCUCCCAGAGCCGCCGGCUGGACGACCAACGGGCCAGCGUGGGCAGCCUGCCUGGGGCUGCGCGUCACCCACAGCAACCUGGGCCGCCUGCGCGUGAUGGGGACCCACAGGAGCCGGGGGACGACUUCUUCAACAUGCUUGUCAGUGCCAGAGCAGAGGAAAGCACAGCCCUGGGCGAAUCCGGAAAUCCUCCGAAGUGGCCCCUACAGAGAACCCCCGAACCCCUGGCCCACACGCCCGCACACGCCAGCAGCCGCAACCCGCUCCCGGCCCUUCUGCUCCAGGCCCUGCACAGGAGCCCCAGGGCCUCCUCGGUCCCGCCCCAGACCCCUGGCCUGACGGGGCGCCCUGGGGAGCUUCGCACCUUGGGCUGGGGAGCUGCAGCCCCCAAUCCUGCCCCCGCGGCUCCCGAAGGCAUCCCUGUCGGGGGGUCUUGGGUGCAGUACGGGAAGGCCAGCCAGCAGCCCUGCAGCCCGGCCUGCUCCCCCAUGCCUGGCGGUGACUCAGUCCUCCUCUCUGGGUGCCUGGGCAGAGGAUCCUCGUUCUUGGGGCCGGGGCUCCCAGCACUGCCCGUGGGGCCGAUUUUACCGGUAAACGCAGAGAGAGCCACUGGCAGAACCCCUGCCUGGGCCUUGUCCCCGAGGACCAAGGACCGCUGGGCCCAUGCGCGAGGCUGGGCCCUCCGAGGCGGGGGAGGCCCGAGCUGUCAACCGACGAGUCUGUGUCUGCCCAGUCCUCCAGGAUCGAUGACCAGCGCUGCCCACCUCCUGACGUGCUGCCCCCGCGGCCCCACCAUGCCCGACGAGGGACUUCUUCAGCCUCAUCCAGAGGGUGCAGGCCAAGCGGAUGGACGAGCAGCGGGUGGAUCUUGCCGGGACCCCGAGCAGGAGGGGGUUGGAGCCCCGAGCCCCGGCAGCAGGGCCAGCCCGGGCCAGCUAAGACCCUGUAGCCACGGCCAGGCUGGCCCAGCCCAGCUCUGGGCCUUGGGGCCAGGGGGCUCACUGUCACCUGUGAUGCCCACAGCCCCUCGAGAAGCCCAUUCCUCCAGAGGCCAUGGCUGA